CGUAUACAUUAGUUCGAAAUAUUUAUAUGUGACGCAACAACCUAUUGCAACGUCAAGUUUUAUUGUUUAAAUAGAAAUUGUCAAAUCCAAUUUUCAUGCUAGUUUGGGUAUAUACAAAACUUCGACCUUCAGCGUAAAUAAAUAAUUUACAAGUUGUGAUUAAUCGCACAUUAAAAUUUAAUAUGGCUUCUGAAACAACUAACAACUGGCAGGAUCAAGUACGAAAAAAAAUAAUGUCCAUGUUCGAAAAUGAUCAAGAAAAGUUCAUGCGAAUAAUUUGGUUCUUGGAUGAAGAGGAUAAGGCAUACAAUAAAGCGGAUCCAAAUAUAGUAUCUCCAAUGUGGCGGACAUUAAAAGUCGCUCUGAACUUUGAUACAAGUUUCAAAAAUUACGUUGAGCGAAUCUACACUGACGCCAAGUCGGCUGAGAAUGAUCCAAAAUUUAUUCACCUCUUGCGGAAAAUUUAUGAAGGGCUCAUGAACGCGAGCGACAAAGAACUUCCAAUCAAUGGCGAUUAUCAACUCGCUCUAAUUGCUGAUCAAACGACGGUCAUAUCCGGGUUUUCGUCAGGUCUAGCUCGUGCAUGGACCUUGAUUCCUGCAACUUCCAAAGCUAAUGCAUUAUCGGUUGUGCAAAAAUUGGCAUCAAAUUACACCGCAUUGAGCCCAGUGGACAAUAUUGUUAGUGCCGCUAAUAAGGUUGGAGGAAAUAUUGUAAUGAUUGGGCUCGCAUUCGUGUCUCUUGGGUACACCUGCAUCAGUAAUAUUCUUCGCUGGUAUCGUGGCGAAAUUACUGGGAAACGUUGCGUUAAAAACUGUAUAGAUUCUUUGGCAUCAAUUGGAUUCGGAGUGGGCGGAGGUAUGGGUGGUGCGGCAAUUGGAAGUUUAGUAUUUCCAGUUUGGGGAACUAUUGUUGGAGGCAUUAUUGGCGGGAUUACUUCCGCUCAGGUGGCUAGUGUACUUUCGGAUAAAUUAACUCGAAACUUGUUUGAUCUUCCAGUAAAAGAAGCGGUGGAGAAAGCAUACAACUUUUUUAGUGUGAGUCAUCGAGCUCCAAAUGAUGAAAUUAAUAGGAAAUUUCGAGCAAUGUGUUUGCAGCAUCAUCCUGAUAAAGGUGGAAAUGUGGCGGACUUCCAUGAUGUUCAGUUUAAUAUGGCGGUCAUUAGAACUGCUCGUGGGGAGGUCAUGUAAUAAAAAAAUUUGCACUGCAUGAGUUACACCUUGAAAUUUGGUAUAAUUUCUUGAAGUGAAUAAAUUAAAUAAUUUGUUACCAAUUGUGAAAA